AUGGACGAGAAAAGAUGCCGCAAUGGUUUCAAGAGUGUAUUUUCGUUGGACGUCAAGUGGGUGGCCGUGGACAUGGUCCUUACAUUAGCUCAUUGCGGCAAACACUCAGCUACAGCAAAGCUCGACGUGCAGUUCCAAGAUGACGAUGAACACCGUACAACAACUCGCGUGUUUCUCAAGAAAGCCGCAAAGAACGAACUGCUUUCGAGAUCCGUAGGAAGCGCGACGUUGCUUCGUAUUGCACCAAGGCACCUUAUUACGCACGAUUCGCCUCGACGUUGGAAGCACGGGGCGUGUCUCUGA